GUUCAAUAUGAAUGCUGAUAAGGCUUCAAUCAGCAACAUAUAUGCUAGAAGUUUAUAUACAGCUUGUGAAGGAUACCCAUUAUGGAAUCCAAGUAAAUGUGAAUUAGGUGAUAUAGGCUUUAUACGUCAAGGGACAUUUCAUACGAUCUAUAAUGCCGCUGAAGGAUCUGGAGCUGUACCACCUGAAUCAACUUACGACCCUGAAAACACAAAAGUGGAUCUCUUUCACACUGUCAAAAAGGUAUUUUUGCUUUCUCUUUCUCAGGAUAAGGCUUUGUAUAGAAACUUUACCGGGACAGGAAAAAUUGAAGAAACACUCCCCCUACUUCACUUAGCCGUAGAACCUGUUUGUGCUUUUGAUAUAGGUCCUCGUAUGUCAAGCUACUAUGAAAGCAUUGGAGCGUCUAUCGGUGCAAAUGUCUAUGCUGAUAGUCGUUAUAGCUCUAGUGAAGUAAAUCAAAUAAUCAUCCUAUAUCGUAUCACUAUAAAGACUAGAUUCGGAUUAACGAAACUCCGCGCUACUGCUAGACCUAGCGAAGAUAACUCUAGGAUACCGCCGGAUAAAGAAGCUAAAGCUAUAAACGAAACGAUAUUCAUCACUUCCGAUACUAGGAAUCUCAAUUCUAAUGAAACCGCAGAUCCUUUAGAUAUGGUUCAUGAAUAUAUCUGGAGCCGCGUUGAACUUAAAGUCGAGAGAGAUACAAGCAUUGCAAGUGAUGAUGAUGCUUUACUACUUUGUAAGCACGUCGUGGAAGAACGUUGGCUAGAUAUUCCUGAAGCAGGGAAAACUUUGCAGACGUUCAAGAGAUGCUUGUGGGAUGCAGCUGAUGAAAUUACACGUAUCAAUCAAUCUAACUUUCCUCCUCCCCCUGGUGGAACACCAGAUUGGGCCCGAAGUUGGGCUCCGGCUUGGGGAAAAACAUAUUGUCUAGAGUUCGUCUAGCCCAGCAGCACUAUUUCUGGUACAGAUUCUCGAUAUCCUAUCAAUCAAUUGUAUAUGCAUUC